AUGGAAGACAGGAAGCUAGUCUGCAAACCGGACUACGAAGCCGCUAAGAGUAAAGAAGGCGCUUGCAUAGAAGGAGAGCAGCCUAACAAGAGGCCUAGAACGACGAUAACAGCGAAACAGCUGGAAACUUUAAAAAUGGCCUACAAUAAUUCGCCGAAACCAGCCCGCCACGUGAGGGAGCAGCUCAGCCAGGACACGGGUCUCGACAUGAGGGUCGUCCAAGUCUGGUUCCAGAACAGGCGAGCGAAGGAAAAACGAUUGAAAAAAGACGCCGGGCGAACGCGAUGGAGCCAGUACUUUAGGUCUAUGAAAGGAGGUGGUGCUAGCUCGCCGAGGGGCGAUACCAAAGAGGAGUCGAUAAAAGUCGAUCUAGAUUCGUCCAACUUCAGUCAUUCUCACGAUUUAGAAAGCAAUGACAGUUACGGAACAGUAGGAGGAUUAGAAACCGAAGGAGGUAGUUCCCCUGGUCGAUACCAAGGAACACCACCUCAUUACCUCACCUCUCCCAUCUACAGGCCUGGAGCUCAUCCAUCUCACGAAUCUUACACUAGUCUAGGUAAGACUCCCUAG